AUGAAUUCAUUUAACUAAAGCAUUUUCGUUUAUGGUUAUUUAAAUAAUGGUAAUCAAUAAUUUUAUGUGCUUAGGUCUUGUUUAUUCAAUUAGGGAAAAUUCAAUAAAGCUAUAUAUAUUAAAGCAAUAGAAGAAAGUCCUUAAUAUGCUGCUUAUCAUAAUAGAGGUGAUUCAAUAUUUUAACAAUCAGGAAAUGCUUUUUAAAGUUUGGCCAAUUUCGAACAAGCCAUUAAAGAUUAUUCUUUAGUCAUUGAUAUUAAUCCCCAAUAUACGGCUUUCUUUAAUAGAGGUAUGAAAUCGUUAUUAAUCAUAAAAGCAUUAGUAUUGCAAAACAGGGAAAGUUUUAAGAAGCAAUAAUCGAUUAUACUAAAUUCAUAUACAUGGUUCCUGAAAAUGCAUCAGCAUAUAAUAAUAGAGGUAAUGGAAUAUUUUAGGAAAGCAAAUGCUAAUUAGAAUUUAGGAAAUUACAAAGAAGCAAUAGAAGAUUACUCAAAAUCAAUUGAAAUGAAUCCUCAAUAUGCAGUUGCCUAUAAUAGAGGUAAAAAUAUUAUGUAUAUUUUUGGCAAUGCAUAUGUAAACCGUGGGAAAUUUGAUGAAGCUAUAAUAGAUUGUUCAAAAGCACUAAAAUUACAAAGAUAAAAUGCCUAUGUUUUUAUGUCCAGGUAAACAAUUUUUAUAAACAAGCAAAUACAUAUAAAAAUAGGGGAAAUAUUAAGAAGCAAUAGACGAUUUUUCUAAGCGCUUGAAUUAAAUUCUAAACAUGCUGCAGCCCAUUAUAACAGGGGUAAAGAGGAACCUAUAAAAAACAAGGACUCAUCUUUUAUGAUUAGUAAAUAUAUGAAAAAGCAAUAAUGGACUACUCUAAAGCCAUUGAAUUAUUGCCAGCACACCCAUUAUCGUUUUAGUUUAGGUUGACUUUAUUUUUCUCUAAAGGACUUAAAUCAAGCUAUGAGAAUUUUAAAGAGCAAUCGAACUUCUUUAAAAGUAACUCCCUAACAAAGAUUUUAAUU